UGGAAGUGCAUGGUCAUGCAAAUCCUUCCUUGGAGUCUUCAGAAAUGACACUACCGGAUAGGCUGGGAACUUUGGAAAUCGCGAAACAAACCUCAAAUAUCUCCUUGGACGAAUUGCCUGUGGAGCUCAUACUCGAAAUUCUCAGCUAUCUCUCUCCCACCAGGGGUUUCUUCGUUGACGAAAAUGUCGAACAAGCACGCCAAAAUGAGAACGAACUGAUAUUGAAAAGUCUACACGCUCUUACAGUCUCAUGCAGACGUCUAUACAAUGUAGUUCAACCAAUCUUAUGCAAAACCUUUAUCCUCCCAAGGAACAACGUGAAAGCACCUCAGCAACUGGUACGAACGUUCAUCGAACGGCCCAUAUCGAGAAAGUCCCUCGAGUACAUCGAGAUAUAUAACAUGAAUGCUUAUGCCUCAUUCCCAGAAGGAUUUGAGCAGGAGGCCUCUAAGGAUGUCUCACUGGAUGAUAUCUUAGCCCAGGUAGAGAAUGUCUGGCAGCCUCGAUUCCACACAGGGCGGAUGGCGAAGGAGACAUGGAUGCGACAGCUAGUUAGGUCGUACGGGGAAUCCAUUCUUACGUCCAUUGUCCUCCUUAUUGCACUUGCGCCAAACCUACUCGACUUCGCCAUCAUGGAGAGGAGCAUCAGUAGCGACUAUCCAGCGACAACAUUAGCCUUGAAGAAGUACCACAAUGAUCGUUCCGGAUUACGCAACCUGUGGAUCAAACAGUGCCCUUCCCGAGCCCCGGCGCUUGAAUCCUCCUUCCAGAAAUACGUCUUCACGAAAUGUGUACGUGCGAGUCGUUUGCCAGUUUCAGGGUGCCUGUGGUUGGGAAAUGUUCACGAUGCUACUCCGAGUCCUUCGCUAUUCCACCAGGCAUAUGCCCUACCCGAGAUUUUUGGCGUAGAAGAGAUGACUCUAGAUUCCUGUGAGCUCUCAUCACUGGAAUUGGACGCAUUACUCAAAUCGUACACCAACUUGCGAAGAUUCACAUGCCGUUGGGGGAUUCAUGAUGAUCGCGUACGACCCCGAGAGAUUGACCUCAGAGCUCUCAAUAAAUCUUUGAGCAGACAUGCAGAGAGUCUUGAAAGCCUUGUUCUGGAUACCCUGGACUCUGGUUGGAUGGUCACCAUGGAUCAACACAUACCUACAAUCGGAUCCCUUCGUCACUACACAGCGCUUACAUACAUCCAUGUAUCCAGCCUUGUUUUGUUUGACGAUAAUAUCGAUGCCGGCAAUGAAGAGGUGCCUCUUUGUGGCCUAUUGCCUCCUUUUCUAGAGGAGAUAGUCAUACAAUCGGAAUGGGACGAAGACCUAGAAGAGAAUUUGCUAUUCCUGGUAGAACACUGUCAAGAGAUGCUUCCCCAUUUAAAGAUUGUAGAUUGUUCAUGGAGACCAGCCCACAACAGCCCUAACACUUUCCUGUUAUUGGGGCUGUUUGACGGAGCAGGGGUCAGGUUCAAGAUUGACUCUUCUAAUCUUCCGCCGGUUCGAGAGAGGUGAUCAAUGGAUUAUUGUAAUGCUCCUUAGACGUAGCUUACCCAGAUAAAUAGGUCGUAAUCAUGAAAAAAUUUC